GUCGGUGCAGUUAUCGAGCGGGAGCAGGAGGUGGUGCGGCAGAUGAUCAAGGAGGGCAAGAAGGACCGCGCGCUGCUGGCGCUCAAGAAGAAGAAGCUUCAGACGGACGCGCUCGCGAAAUCGGACGCGUGGGUGCUGCGAGUGGAGCAGCAGCUUGCAGACAUCGAGAUUACGAGUCGGCAGGCUCAAGUGUUUGAGAGCCUGAAGGCGGGGCACAUGGCGAUUCAGGAGCUGCAAAAGGAGAUCAGCCUGGAGGACGUGGAGAAGCUAUUGGGGGAGUCGGAAGACGCCAAGGCGUUCCAAGACGAGGUGGCUGCCAUGCUGGCGGGUGCGCUGUCAGAGGAGGCUGAGCUGGAGGCUCUUGCUGAGCUGGAGGCACUGGAGACAGAGCUCGCAAUGAAGGAGGUGGAGGAGGAGCUGCCUGCCGUGCCUGAAGUGCCCGUGCUGCCCGAUGUGCCAAAGGAGCCGCCAGUUAAAGCCCCGGCUAAAGAGGAAGCGGAGGAGGAGGGUGCUGCUGAAUCUGCUGAGGCUGAGGAUGGAACGAGCAGAGAACGAGGUGAAGGAAGGGAAUGCGAAAGAUGUGAGCGGAAGAAAGGGCUGUAUCUGGGGGAGCUGCCUGGGCUUGAUACGGAGGCGCUGCCUGCUGGUGCUGCCUAA